AGGGAGAGCGGAGAACAAAAUAGUAGUUUUUCCACGAGGCUCACACAGAGAGUUGUCUCGCCAAAGGAGAGGGAAAAUGUCAUUGUCUUUUUCUCCUGUUCAUUUUCUCACCACUUAUCAUACGGAAUAAAAACCUUGUUAAACUGGGAUUUUCUUCAAUCUGAAUUCAGUAAAACAGAUUUAAUCUCAGACUGAUUCUUCUUGUGGGACUAGUUCUAUUAGGAUCCUACUAGUUCUCUGGUGUGGAUAUAAUACCAGUCUGUCUCUGAGAUGGGGUCCAGAACUCUUCUACUUGUUCUGGGUCUUCAUUUCACUCUACUGGGGAACAUAGAGGCCAGAGAUUGCAGCCUGGGCUUCAUUGCCAAAGGGAGACAAUGUGAUGAUAUAGAUGAGUGUAAAGAGUGGGACAGUAACCCACCCUGUGGAAGUAAUGCCACAUGUUACAACACACAGGGGAGCUUCUACUGUCACUGUCUACCUGGGUUCAGAUCCACAACAUCUUUGAAGUUUACUCCUUUUGCUGGGGAGUGUAAGGACCUCAAUGAGUGCCUGGAGAACCCACCGGUUUGUGGCAGCAACACCAUUUGCAUCAACACCAUCGGGAGCUUCAACUGCCAAUGUCAACCUGGGUUCAGAGUUACUUACGCUGGACACUGUGCAGACAUAGAUGAGUGUAAUGAGAUCGCUGGUAUCUGUGGAGUGGGCGGGGACUGCCAGAACCAGAAAGGAAGCUACAGUUGCCUCUGUCACCCUGGAUACAGUAACUACGACAACAAACAGGCUCAGUGCUCAGUACUGACCUGUGACCAGUUCAAAGCGAAUGAGACUCCUGGACAGGUGAGUUUUACAGUACCUGGACCCGAUGAGUCCUUAUACAGCAGCUGAACCGCUAGUCAUAGAAUCUCCAUUAUGGCAUCAUUAUCUUGAAUUGGGAGGUCCAUUCUACUCAUUCUAGAUCUGUAGCUGAACCAUAUUUGAAUAGGGAAGCCUGUUCUACUCAUUCUAGAUCUGUAGCUGAACCAUGUUUGAAUAGAAUAAACAUUAAAAGAACAUGGCAGUGAGUAGUCAGUAAAAUAACUAGAACAUUUAUAGAAUAUGGCAUUAAGCAGGCAGUAAAAUAACUAGAACAUUUAUAGAAUAUGGCAGUGAGCAGUCAGUAAAAUAACUAGAACAUUUAUAGAAUAUGGCAUUAAGCAGGCAGUAAAAUAACCAGA